UUAUUUUUAAAAUUCACACAAGAGUAACACUGGGUAAAGAGGCUGAUUUUUUUGUUCAAUAUGGUGCUUCAAAAAAAUGGAAUUUUUAGGACACUAUUGUGUAUUUGCUAUGAGAGCGUACAGCAGCGUAGUCUGAGUCUUUUGUCUCAAUCUGAAGAACCAAUUUUUAAAAAAGUUCUGGUGGCCAACAGGGGUGAGAUCGCUUGCAGAAUUAUACGUUCGGCCAAACAAAUGGGAAUUAAGACUGUGGCAGUGUAUUCUGUAGCUGAUUCUCAAGCUAAGCAUGUAAAAAUGGCUGACGAAUCAGUAUUCAUCGGUCCUUCUCCAGCGACCGACUCAUAUUUAAACACAGAAAAAAUCCUAAAAGCAAUAGAUGAAACCAACUCAGACUUUCUACAUCCCGGCUACGGUUUCCUGUCAGAAAACUCUAAAUUUGUUCAGACAUUGGAGAACCAUAAUAUAACUUAUAUAGGUCCUCAUUCCACAAUGAUUUCCAAAAUGGGAGACAAGCUGGAAUCGAAACGGACGGCCAUACAGGCUGGAGUGAACGUUAUACCUGGAUACGAUGGCGUGAUAAAGCAUGUCGAAGAAUGCGUUAAAAUAGCCAGAGAAAUCGGUUAUCCAGUUAUGAUAAAAGCUUCUGCCGGUGGUGGGGGAAAGGGCAUGCGAGUUGCUAGGAAUGAUCAAGAAGUCAAAGAAGGUUUCAUUUUAUCCACACAAGAAGCCAGAUCCAGCUUUGGAGACACUAGAAUGUUGGUGGAAAAGUUCAUAGAAAACCCUAGACACAUAGAAAUCCAGAUUUUAGGAGACAAGUUCGGAAACAUCGUUUAUUUAAACGAAAGAGAAUGUAGCAUCCAAAGGAGAAACCAAAAAGUCAUUGAAGAAGCCCCUAGUGUAUUUCUAGACUCGGAGACUAGAAAAGCUAUGGGGCAACAGGCGGUGUCCCUUUGCCAAAAACUAAAGUAUUAUUCAGUGGGCACUGUUGAGUUUUUAAUAGACAAAAAUAAAAACUUUUACUUCCUUGAAAUGAAUACUAGAUUGCAAGUGGAACAUCCCAUCACCGAGUGUAUUACAGGUAUUGAUCUAAUAAAAGAAAUGUUUAAAGUAGCUAAAGGACAAAAGCUAACAAUAAACCAAGACGACAUAACAAUUGAUGGCUGGGCCAUCGAAAGUAGGGUGUACGCUGAAGACCCUUAUAAACAAUUCGGUUUGCCUAGCAUCGGAAGGUUGUAUAAGUAUAAAGAACCCUUGCACAUUCCAGGGGUUCGAUGCGAUAGUGGGGUAGAAGAAGGGAGUGAAAUCAGCAUGCACUAUGACCCCUUAGUAUGUAAACUAGUGACCCACGGUAAAACCCGUGAAGAAGCCAUAAAAAUAAGCAAACGGGCCCUCGAUUCUUACGUUAUCCGUGGCAUCAAACAUAACAUUCCGCUACUCCGUGACAUUUUAAGUAAUAAAAAGUUCUCUGCAGGUGAAAUAACUACUAAUUACUUACCAGAAACUUACCCAGAAGGAUUUAAAGGGAUGACAUUAAGUAGCUGCGACAGGUUAAAGCUCUUAGCAUUCGCGGCGGCAAUUUACUGCACCGCAGAUCUAAGAAAUCGAAUUUAUACCAAUCUCACUCCGUUCAAAUUGCAUAAAAACCUCUUGAAAUCAUGGCAAUUGCAUAUACAAUUGGAUAAAGCAGACUUUACGGUGAGCAUAGAGGAAACUAAUGGCCAAUUUAAGGUAGAGUGUGGCGAGAAGGCGCUUUUAGUUGACAAAGGUGACAUUAAGAUGGCAGCACCUCUAAUGGAAGUGAAUAUGGAUGGGGAAAUAAGCUUGUUUCAAUUGGCAUGGAAAAGCGCUAGCGGAGAGUAUCAUAUUGUAUAUCAUGGAAACAAUUAUAAAGUAAAAAUUUUAACAAAAAAAGCAGCCACUUAUCUGGACUUGAUGCCAAAAAAACAAGAGAUUAAGAAGUUGAAUGAAGUGAAAGCUCCAAUGUCAGGACUGGUUAAAUCGGUUUUAUGUUCAGUUGGAGACAUGGUAAAUGAAAGCCAAGAACUCCUUGUCAUUGAGGCAAUGAAGAUGCAAAAUUUUAUGCUGGCAAAGUCAAAUGGUGUAGUAAAAACUCUCAAAGUCAAAGUGGGUGAUACAGUAACAAGUGGAGAUGUUUUAAUUAAUUUGGAGUAAAAUGUCUAAAAAUACAAUCUCUAAUGUUUA